AUGUCUGUACCCAACUCCUCGGGAGAAGUACUCCCUCUCGACUCAGACCUUAGAGCAACCUGGCAAAUCCUCGAAGAGGGUAUCAACGACUGCAUGAGACUGCGCUACACUGAUAUGUCUAAUGAACGGUACUUGGCCUUAUUUGACACCGCGUACAAUAAUCUACAAUUACAACUCGCCGACAUCUUGUGCAAACUCAAUACGACAGUAGGAGUGCACCUAUACGACAAGCUCACGGAGUAUCUUAUCAAUUAUGUAGGAGCUGUACGAGAGGGCGCCGAAAAUCAUAGAGAUGAAGAUUUAUUACGUUACUAUGCAAGGGAGUGGGAUAGAUACAAGUUUGGCGCGAAGUACAUAGCUCGCCUAUUCUCUUUCCUAAGCGAUCACUUUAGGGAGCGGAUGUUGUCUUUCCGACCGUCAGCGACAGUCUAUACGAUUCGUACACUCACAUUAGUCCAGUGGAAGCAAGGGAUAUUUGACCUCAUUCUCGAUGGGAACAAGCUAGUCCGUGCUACCCUUGAACAAAUCGAAAUUGAGCGGAAUGGCGGAUCGAUCGAUGAGACUCUUGUGAAGAGAAUCAUCGACUCGUUUGUCUAUUUGGGAAUCGAUACGGAAAAUGCCAACGAGGAGUCCCUCGACAUAUACAAAGACCACUUCGAAAAUCCUUUCAUCGCCGCUACUGAGGAGUACUACAAGGCCGAGUCAGAGGCGUUCUUGGCUGAGAACAGCGUCUCAGACUAUCUUAAGAAGGUCGAAGGGCGGCUGAAGGAGGAGCAAGAACGUGUUGACAUGUAUCUGCACCAUAUAACGUGGGACAGGUUGAUUAGUACAUGCGAGCGUGUCCUUAUUCGCGAUCGUGCCGAGGCGAUGAGGGAAGGAUUUAAAAACCUGCUCGAUCUCGGCAGGGACAGGGAUUUGCACAGCAUGUAUCACCUUUUUAAACGGAUCUCGGACAAGAAAAGUCUAGAGCUUCUAUGUAAACAGUUUGAGGAGUACGUCAAGAACGCCGGUCUAGCAGCUGUCAGGGAGCUCGUGGGCACCAGAGACGACGUAGCAGAGAAGACUGUUAAUCCGAAGACCUACAUUGAAGCAUUGAGCUGGGUCCAUGAAGAGAACUUCGGUACUGUAUCCCGAGGCUUCCGUAACGACAAGGACUUUUUUGCAAGCCUCGACCGCGCGUGCUGUGAGUUCAUGAAUCGCAACGCUGCGACAGGAAGUUCGACGAGCAAGAGCCCGGAAAUACUUGCGGAUGGAGCGGAUGCGAUUCUGUGCAAGGGCAAUAAGCUAUCCAGACACCAACUCGAUAGGGCUAUCGACCAAGUGACAACCAUUUUCGAGUACAUUGAAGACAAGGAUGUCUUCGAAGAAAUCUAUUCUAUGAAGGUCUUGAGGCGCCUUAUUGACGAUACUUCUGCAUCUGAUACAGAACAAGCAAAUGUGAUCUCGAGGAUGAUGGAGAUAUGCGGUUACGGUUUCGCGCAAAAAUUAAAACAGAUUUUCGCCGAUGCGGACAGCAGCAAGCGUAUGACGACUACUUUCGAGGAGCAGAAAAGCAAUAUUCACUGCGAGGAUGGCAUUUCUUUCAGCAUCAAGCUCUUUGGUUCAAACCUUUGGCAGUUGUCGAGGCGAGACAUGAAUUUCGUGAUUCCGAAGGAGAUCAUUCCAACAUACAACCGAUUCCAAGAGUACUAUCAGACAGAGCAUAGUGGACGCCGUUUAAGUUGGCUAUGGGAAUAUGGCGGGAAUCAAUUACGCGCCAAAUACUCCGGACAGAAGCACAUCUUCAUCACAAGCUCUUUUCAGAUGGCAGUGUUGUUACAGUAUAACGAUUACGAUACAUUGACGUUCGAAGAACUUGUAGAGAACACCGGAAUUCCUGAGGAUCUCCUCAAGCAAGUUCUCGCGAUCUUGACCAAGGCAUGUGUGCUCUUACAUGAUGGCGAUGGUGAACCAUACGACUUCAACCCGAACUUCAAGUCAAAGAAGACAAGGGUUAAUUUGAAUCAGCCCCUUACGGCUACUAAGAAUGCAGAGACGACUAAGGUCCUCAAGGAUCUUGACGACAACCGGGAAAAUGAGAUAAAAGCAGCGAUUGUCCGCAUUGUGAAAGCAAAGAAGAUUAUUAAACUCCAGGCACUGAUCCAGGAAGUCGUAUCGGAGUUGUCCAAACGCUUCGUGCCCCCUGUUCCUGCCCUCAAGACGGCAAUUGACAGGCUAAUAGACCAAGAAUACAUGGAGCGGGUUGAAGGCGAAUGGGAUACGUAUGCCUAUGUUGCGUCACAUCGUACAGAAAUAGCCACAUACAUACGCGUGCUUUGGUUUUGCUCCCUCGACCUCGACCUCUGA